AUUAUUACCUACUCUCAGCCUGGUCGCCCGGCCGGUCAUGGAUGAUACAUCGUUCAAGCCGCGCAACCUGGGCGCCUCGCUGCCCGUACCCAACGUCCAGGACCUCGCCGCGCGCCCCGCCUGCCUCGACCACCACGUCCUCCACCGCUACCUCCGCGACGACGACGACGCUCCGGCGGCUCUGUCGCCGUCGUCUACCAACUACGCCGCAGCACUUGCUGCCGCCUCCUCCUCGGUUCCCGUCGUGGACCUCGCCAGGCUGCUCGACCCGGCCCACACCGACGACGAGGCCGCGAGGCUGCGGGCCGCCGGCGAGGACUGGGGCUUCUUCCACGUGGCCAACCACGGCGUGGCCGACGAGGUCAUCCACGACGUCAAGGAGGACAUCAAGGCCUUCUUCCGGCUCCCGCUGGCCGACAGGCAGGCCCUGGCGCAGGGCCCCGCCGGCAUCGAGGGCUACGGCCAGGCCUUCGUCGUCUCCGAGGACCAGAAGCUGGACUGGGCGGACAUGCUCUUCCUGUCCACGCAGCCGCCCGAGUACCGCUCCCUCAACUUGUGGCCGUCCCGCCCCGCCACGUUCAGGGACUCCCUCCACCGCUACUCCCUGGCGGUGCAGCGGGUGGCCACCCACAUGCUCGCCGCCAUGGCCAGGAACCUGGGCCUGCUAGUGGAUCAUCAGGACACAGCCGCCGGGAACGGGAAGAAUCAGAUGACGGCCAUCGCCGCCGCGCAGGCCAUGCGGAUCAACUACUACCCGCCCUGCCCGCAGGCGCACGACAGGGUGCUGGGCCUGUCGCCGCACUCGGACGCCGUCGGGCUGACGCUGCUGCUGCAGGUGAGCCCCGUGCCCGGCCUGCAGAUCCGGCGUGGGGGCGCCUGGAUCCCCGUGGAGCCGCUGCCGGGGGCCCUCGUGGCCAACGUCGGCGACGUCAUCGAGGUGCUCACCAACGGCAGGUACAAGAGCAUCGAGCACAGGGCGUUGGUCAACGCCAGCCAGGAGCGGGUCUCCGUCGCCGCCUUCCACUCCGCCAGGUUCGACGGCACCUACGGCCCCAUCCAGGAGAUCAUGCGCCCCGGCGAGGCGCCGCUCUACAGGACCAUCGCCGUCGAGGACUACGUCAAGCUCCUGCUGUCCAACAAGCUUCAGGGCAAGAGCUCCACCAUCGACGCCAUGAAGAUCAACUGAAUGAAAUUAAUGGCCUGGUUUCAUGCAUACAGCAGCAACUGAAUGUGCGUGUCUCAUCAGAACACUUUAAUUAUACAGAUUUGCAGUGGAUUUAGAUGAGAGAGGAGAGAGUAUCCAUGUCAAAAAUUGUUACAGUAUCUUUCUACUAUAUACUAUCAUGUAUCACCCCCCAAAUAAUUAAAAAAAAACUUGUUUCGUUUGGUCAGG